UAUAUAUGUAUUGUAUUUGUGCGGGUUCAACCUAAUUACUAAUACAUACAGAAAUUCGAAUUUUAAAGGCAAUCGCGACUCCACCCUGUUGGCGGCGGCGGAGGCGGCGGCGGCGGCGGAGCUGUUACUGUUACUUUUUUAGUAGGUAAACGUUCGCCUGGUCGGGAUUCAACCAUCCCUUUCCCAGUUAUCACUUCUCGAGCGCGAGCCGUUCUUCAUGUCCAGAUCUACGGAGGAGAAUCGCUACGACCCCGAUUUCUCCAGAAUCGUGGAAUUGAUUGAACGCAACAUCUUUUCUAGGGAGGAAAUUAACCAUUUUCUGGCGGUAUUGAAUUCAAAAGUAGACCAUGAGAGGGAGAAACUGAAAUCAAGCAUUAAUGCUGAAGGAGAUGCUCCACUGGUUUCGUGGAGCCGUGAAAUCCAGAGAACUCCACCUCAAGAAAAACAGCUAGAUGCUGACAGGAAUAUGAUUGGUACUGUACGUCGCAACUCAGAUGUUUCACUAGGGGUCGGUGCCUCCCCAAUUGAUAUUGCUCGUGCAUAUAUGGCUAGUCGUACCUUUGAAGGCGGCCUUGAUCAUGAUAACCUGAUUUCAAAAUGUGAAAAAGCAGAACCAAGCACUGAAUUUAUGCAAAAGCAGUUUCUGCCAUCAGCUUAUUCUAAGCCAUCCAUAUGCUGGCCUGGUGCCAUGUUGCACGAUUCUCAUGGUUAUGCUAAUGCUACACCACAGAGUCAGAGAGGGAGGCAUAGUCUUCUUGAUUUUCCAAGAACCCCCUAUUCCAGAACCACGUUGCGGAAAUCCAACACCAAGUUGCAAACUGAGGACAGGUACCCAUACACAUCGACUCCCUUCCAACCCUCCCGGACAUCCAUCUAUGAGCAGGCAAAGCCAAGGGGUACCAAUAUCGACGGCUAUGGAUCUGUGGGUCCUAUUCGUCGUAUCAGGAAUAAAUUUGCUUCAGAAGUCCGCCCAAGAGGAUCUAUUUUCUCUAGCACAUCUAUAGACACUCCUUCCAAAAAUGUGACACCCAAAGAUUUUGGUGGUUUCUUGCCUAGUGCUGAAAAGAAUCUGGAGCUAGGCGAAACAAGUGGUGUUUCAAAAAAACAGUCUGACGACAAUGCGCCAAGUUCCUUUGAGAGAGGUAUUUCAACUCCACAUGUAUCCUCUAGUUUGGCAGUUAGGAAGAUAUUAGAGCACCUCGACCGAAACAAGCCAACUCCUAAAGAGAAAGAAACCGAAUUGAAGCUUGCAACCUCAUGGAGAAGGUCUUCUUUUGAACCCAGUGCCGCCGUUCAUAGUGAAAAUGUCAAUUCAGUGGAUAUGGGAGAGCAGUCUUCUCAAAAAAAUACCGACACUGCAUCACAAAGCCUUGUGGAGGGGAUUGAGAAAAGCGAAAAAUUCAAUUUGUUACCCAGUUAUCAUGACAAGCCUACGAAUGCGGCCAUCAAUGGAAAUACUAAAGCUUCAAACUCAGCCUCAACUGCCUUCAAUAUCCUUCAUGGCGAAACUUCAUUGCCUGGUUCUGCUGUCAAAAUUCCGAAUCAGAAUGCUUUUGUUGCGACUACUAAUCAAGGACAGGCUCAAAAAAACUUCCUUUUCUCUCGUCUGCAACCUCAUGUGACUGCCGCAACUGCUCCAACUACCUCGGACCACUUGCCUAAGGAUAAUGUGAUGAAGCCUGCAUUGCCGUCAAUCUCCGUCAAGAAACCUGAUUUUCGUGCAGGGUUCACAUUUCCGGUUCCUGCUUCUUCCGGCGUGCUUUCAGAAAUGCCGACACCGUCCUUCGUGCCGCCAUUUUCAUCAAGCUUUCUGUCUCAGCCUGCUGCUGCUGCUGCAGCCGAGGAAAACCCUGUUUACAAAUUUGGCGACAAAUCAAGUCCGCGGCUCGUGUUCUCUUUUCCUUCCACGAGCAGUGCACCGGUUGCUGCGAUCGACGAUUCUGAUCUGAAAUUUAACUUUGGAUCGGAGAAGAAGACAGGCAGGCUGUCCUUUAGUUUUGGAGAAAAUGCCAUCUGCUAUUAAGCAUGCUGUGCAUUUUACAGGCAAUUCCAUUCUAUUCCAAUCAAGAUGCAAUUUUAUUUUCUUUUACCAUUUUAAUGUUCGUAUAGAGGAAAGACAGUGAGUUUGCUAUUGCCAUGAUUGGUAUAAGAGUAAAAAUCAUUUUUGUUCCA